AUGCAGCAUGUUGAUGCUCUUGAGGUGCUUCUCCAGGGCCUCUCUGGUGUUUCAAAAGAACGUGUCAGGGUGCAUGAGCUCUGUCUUAAAAGUGGGCCAAAUCUAGGAGUCGUCCCAUCAGAGGUUCGUCUGUUGUGUGACUUAGCUCAAUCCACGCCAUCCUGGACUAUAAGACAUGUUGGGGGUGCCAUGAGAGGUGCUGGUGCAGAGCAAAUCUCAGUUCUUGUGCGGUCAAUUGUAGAGAGCAAAGCCAGCAACAAUGUUUUGCGUUACUUCUAUGGUAUAGGGUACAAGUUAGAUCAUGAAGUUCUGAAGGGAGGAUUUGCGUUUCGUUUCCACCGAGGUGCCCAGAUAACUGUGACUGUUACUUCUGUUAGCAAGAUGACAAAACUCCAUGCUACCAAUGAAGCUGUGCCGAUCACUCCCGCAAUACAACUAGUGGAAAUCACAUCCCCUGCUGCUGCUGACAAUUACAACGAUGUUGUUUCAGCCGUCACUUCGUUCUGUGAAUAUCUAGCGCCGCUUCUGCAUCUUUCUAAACCAGGCAAUUCGACUGGAAUUGUCCUGACUGCAGGCGCUGCUGCUGCCUCACUCAUGUCGAGUGGGGAUAUUAAACUGAUAAGAACAGAUACUACACUUGAUCUUAGCCAAAAGGCCGAGAAAGCUUGGUUCUCCUACGACACCAUACAUGAGACCGAGCGCCGCCUCAUGCCAGAGUUCUUCGAGGGGGAGGCGGCGGCGUCCGGGUCCCGGGGGCCGGGGGCUUACAAGUACUACCGUGACACCCUCGUGAGGAGGUUCCGGACGCGGCCAGGGCGACGGCUCACGCUGACCGAGGCCAGGCGUGGACUCGUCGGCGAUAUCGGCUCCGUGCGCCGUGUGUUUGACUUCCUAGAGGAAUGGGGGCUGAUCAAUUAUGGAACCUCGCCAUCCGGCGCGAAGCAGGGGAGAGAAAAGAAGGAGGAGCCAGCACUAUCACAGCCUUCUGUGCCCGUUGGAUCCACAAUGCCCAGUAAGCUUUGCACUGGGUGCCGCACCGUGUGCGGGCUUGCUUACUUCUCUUGUGAGAAGGCAGAUAUAAGCCUCUGUGCUAGAUGCUAUGUCCGUGCCAAUUACCGGCCAGGUCUUACUUCAGCAGACUUCAAGAGAAUUGAAAUUACUGAGGAUGCAAAAUCAGAUUGGACAGACAAAGAAACUCUUCACCUUCUUGAAGCUGUCUUGCAUUAUGGGGAAGACUGGAAAAAGGUUUCUCAGCAUGUUGGCAGUCGAUCAGAAAAGGACUGCAUUGCUAGAUUCACCCAAUUACCUUUUGGGGAACAAUUCAUGGGGCCCAAGGAGGAUAAAAUGCAGUUUAAUAAUGAUGAUUCCAAUGAAGAAUCUGGAUCACAGAGCUCAAAACGAUUACGUCUCACGCCACUGGCUGAUGCUAGCAAUCCAAUUAUGGCCCAGGUUGCAUUCUUGUCGGCCAUUGUGGGUUCAGAUGUUGCUGUAGCUGCAGGUCGAGCAGCUAUCUCAGCACAAUCCCAGGUUGAUAUAAGUGGCAGUGAGACUGAUUCUUCUUUCAACAUCACCAAGGAAGAAGAAUCUUCUUGGGCAAAUGGGCUUUCAACCAAUGAUUUGCUCAAAGAGGCGUCUGCUAAUGCACAACUGCAACUUGAAAAGGAACGCAAGGCUAUAGAGCAGUCUUUGUCCGACAUAGUGGGUGUUCAGAUGAAGGAAAUCCAGGAUAAAAUACGUCGAUUUGAGCAAAAGGAGCUACUGAUGGAGAAAGAGAGGAAGCAACUCCACUACUUGAGGGAGUUGCUCUUUUCUGAUCAACUAUCUGUUGCGCAGCAUCAACGCAGGCCACCGCCUGUAACCACAGAGAGCAAGGAUGACGAGAAACCAAAACCGGUCAUCAGCAUAAGUUGAUUUUGCUCGAGCUCCAUCAAUCAUCGCGGCAUGUGGUUUGAUGUGGAGAAGUUGGGUUCCUCUACAACCAUGGUGCUAUCCUGUGAUCUACGCCAGCUCUGACGGCUCUAGGUUGUAGCAAAAUCAAUCAUGUAAUCAGCUGUAGUAUGGAUAGUGUCUAGGUAAUCUUGUUGCAGGGUACCUAAUGAAAUGGUGUGUUCUUGUUGA